ACUCCCAAUAAACCGUUUAUUUGUCACGAGUGUAACCAAUGCUUUAGCCGACCUCACAACUUAAAGUCACAUCUCACCACUCACUCGCCAGAACGUCCUUAUAAGUGUGACAUUUGCAAACACUUCUUUCGGCGUCAUCAUGAUCUGAAACGACAUCAAAAGUUGCAUACAGGUGAACGACCCUAUGUUUGUAACGGUUGUCAUCGAUCCUUUGCACGACUCGACGCUCUCAAUCGUCAUCAGCGG